AGCGGCACGCACGGACACGCCACAACCGCCUCCGAGGCUCCCACCACCGGCGUCAGAGGACCACGACACCCCGCGCCGAGAAGUGCAUGCUCCCGUGGCACCAGCGGCACCAGCGGCACCAGCGCCAGCAGCAGCAGCGGCGUCACGUCUCUCCGUGCCUGCCCGUUGGCUAGCUUGAUGCUCUGCCUGCCUGCUAGCCUUUGUGACGGGGCUGUGCGGGCAUCCAAGCGGGCAGCCCUCACCCAAAAGCGUGCAUGGUUGUGGAUACUGCUCCCGGAUUCCUUUGCGCCUCUUUUCUCGCCUUGACACCGGAGCAGGACUAUCGUGCGCGAGAGACAGCGCACUGAGUGGGCAUUGGACAGCGGUUUUCACGCAUCUUCACGUCUGUUUUUCGUCGAAAUCCACAGCUUGGACAGAGUAACCUAAAUCAAGACGCAAUUGAUGACUAAUUCCCCCACAUCCACGUAAACACCAUAGCGUUGCAACAUGCUGGCAGCCGGAUUGCUCGUGUUUGGUUUGUUACACAGUUUUGAAGUAGUCGCUCCUGCAGUCUCUUCUAUUGAUGCUCCAAAGACGUGCAGUCCAAAGCAGUUUGUGUGUAAGGAUGGAGUGACGUGUAUCUCCAAGGGCUGGAGGUGUGACAGAGAGAAGGACUGUCCAGAUGGGUCUGACGAGGAGCCAGAUGUCUGUCCCCACAGCGCAGUGUCGCGGUGUCCUCCAAACGAGUUCCAGUGUGGAGGGACGGAGCUGUGCAUCCACAUGAGCAAACUGUGUGAUGGAGCUCCGGACUGCACAGACGGAUGGGACGAAGGACCACACUGCAGAGAGUUGAUUUCAAACUGCAGUAUCUGGGGCUGUCAGGAGCACUGUGCCGUCACUCCAGAUGGACCAGCGUGUUACUGUAAGAGCGGAUAUGAGAUCAACCAGGACGGAAAAACAUGCAAAGAUUUUGAUGAGUGCACCGUGUAUGGGACGUGCAGUCAGACCUGUACUAACACCGAGGGGGGCUACAGCUGCUCCUGUGUGGAGGGCUACUUGUCCCAGCCAGACAACAGGUCAUGCAAGGCCAAGAAUGUCCCCGUGGACCGGCUCCCCGUGCUCCUCAUCGCAAACUCCCAGAACAUCCAGGCCACGUCCCUCAGCGGCACCACGGUCCACAGCCUCCUCUCCACCAGCACCAAGCAGACCACAGCCAUGGACUUCCUGUACUCGCAGGAGACCGUCUGCUGGAUCCAUGUGGGAGAGUCGCCCGCUUCCACCCUCCUCAAGUGUGCCAAGAUCCCCAACCUGAAGAGCUUCACCGAGGAGAGGGUCAUCAACAUCUCCCUCAGCCUGCACCAUGUGGAGCAGAUGGCGAUCGACUGGCUCACGGGGAACUUUUACUUUGUGGACGACGUGGACGAUCGCAUCUUUGUGUGUGACCGAGAGGGACAGACCUGCGUGACUCUCCUCGACCAGGAACUGUACAACCCCAAAGGCAUCGCUCUGGAUCCAAACAUGGGGAAGGUGUUCUUCACAGACUACGGUCAGAUCCCUAAAGUGGAGCGCUGUGAUAUGGACGGACAGAACCGCACUAAGCUGGUGGACAGUAAGAUUGUGUUUCCUCAUGGCAUCACUCUGGACCUGGUGAGCAGACUGGUGUACUGGGCUGACGCCUACCUGGACUACAUCGAGGUGGUGGACUACGAGGGCAAGAACCGCCACACCAUCAUACAGGGACUACUGAUCGAACACCUGUACGGUCUGACGGUGUUUGAAAAUUACCUAUACGCCACAAACUCGGACAACGCCAACAUGCAGCCGAAGACGAGCGUGAUCCGAGUGAACCGCUUCAACAGCUCCGACUACCAGGUGGUGACGCGCGUGGACAAGGGCGGAGCUCUGCACGUGUACCACCAGAGGAGGCAACCCCCCGUGCGGAGCCAUGCUUGUGAGAUGGAUCAGUUUGGUAAACCCGGUGGUUGCUCUGACAUCUGUCUCCUUGGUAACGGACACAAGACUCGGACCUGUCGGUGCCGCUCGGGGUUCAGCCUCGGCAGUGACGGGAAGUCCUGCAAAAAGCCCGAGCACGAGCUGUUCCUGGUGUACGGUAAAGGUCGCCCCGGGGUCAUCAGAGGAAUGGACAUGAACGCUAAAGUCCCAGACGAGUACAUGAUCCCCAUCGAAAACCUGAUGAACCCGCGCGCCCUGGACUUCCACUCUGAGAGCGACUUCAUCUACUUCGCCGACGCCACCAGCUACAUCAUCGGACGCCAGAAGAUCGACGGCACGGAGAGGGACACCAUCUUAAAGGAAGGUAUCCACACAGUAGAGGGCAUCGCCGUGGACUGGAUGGCCGAUAACUUGUACUGGACGGACGACGGGCCAAAGAAGACCAUCAGUGUUGCCCGACUGGAGAAGGCCUCACAGACCAAAAAGACACUGAUCGAAGGAAAGAUGACACACCCCAGAGCCAUCGUUGUGGAUCCUCUGCACGGGUGGAUGUACUGGACAGACUGGGAGGAGGACCCAAAGGCGAGUAAACGUGGUAAAAUCGAGCGUGCCUGGAUGGACGGGACAAACCGAAACGUGUUCCUCACCAGUAAAACCGUCCUGUGGCCAAACGGACUGAGCCUGGACAUCCCCAAAGGAAUCCUGUACUGGGUGGACGCCUACUACGACCGCAUCGAGAUGGUCUACCUCAACACGUCCGAGAGGAAGACUGUGUACGAGGGUCAGGAGCUGAACCACGCCUUCGGCCUGUGUCACUAUAAACACUUUUUAUUUUGGAAUGAGUAUCGUAGCGGCAGCAUCUUCAAACUGGACACCACCACGGGCACCGCCACCCUGCUGCGCAAUGAGAGACCACCCAUCUUUGAGAUCCGGAUGUACGAUGCCCAGCAACAACAAGGGUCAAACGCGUGUCGAGUGAACAAUGGCGGCUGCAGUAGCUUAUGUCUGGCCACACCUGAGGGGAGGAGCUGCGCCUGUGCAGAAGACCAGGUCCUGGACCCCACCGACAACACCAGCUGCAGAGCCAACCCGUCGUACAUCCCCCCUCCUCAGUGCCAGCCCGGGGAGUUCGCCUGCAAGAACAACCGCUGUAUCCAGGAGCGAUGGAAGUGCGAUGGGGACAAUGACUGUCUGGACAACAGCGACGAGGCCCCCGAGCUCUGCCACCAGCACACCUGCCCCACAGACAGGUUCAAGUGUCAGAAUAACAGGUGCAUCCCUCUGCGCUGGCUCUGUGACGGAGACAAUGACUGUGGCAACGACGAAGACGAGUCCAACACCACCUGCUCCGCUCGUACUUGUCCUCCAAACCAGUACUCGUGUGCCAGUGGGCGCUGUAUCCCCAUCUCCUGGACCUGUGACCUGGACGAUGACUGUGGAGACCGAUCGGACGAGCCGGCCUCUUGUGCGUACCCCACCUGCUUCCCCCUGACCCAGUUCACCUGUAACAAUGGCCGCUGCAUCAACAUCAACUGGAGGUGUGACAAUGAUAAUGACUGUGGAGAUAACAGCGAUGAGGCAGGCUGCAGUCACUCGUGCUCCAGCGCUCAGUUCAAGUGUAACAGCGGACGAUGUAUCCCAGACUACUGGACCUGUGACGGGGACAACGACUGUGGAGACUACAGCGAUGAGACGCACGCCAACUGCACCACUCAAACUCGUCCUCCCGGGGGCUGCCACACAGAUGAGUUCCAGUGUCGGAUGGAUGGGCUGUGUAUCCCGUCUAGGUGGCGCUGUGACGGGGACACAGAUUGUAUGGAUCUGAGCGAUGAGAAAAACUGUGAAGGAGUGACUCACAUGUGCGACCCGGCCGUGAAGUUCGGCUGCAGGGACUCAGCGCGGUGCAUCAGUAAGGCGUGGGUGUGCGACGGGGACAGCGACUGCGAGGAUAACUCUGAUGAGGAGAACUGUGAGGCUCUGGUUUGUAAACUGUCUCAUCACGUGUGCGCCAACGACUCCACCAUCUGCCUGCCCCAAGACAAACUCUGCAACGGCAAAGACGACUGCCCCGACGGCUCCGACGAGAAGCUCUGUGACCUGUGCUCCCUGGACAACGGCGGCUGUAGUAACAACUGCACGGUGGCUCCAGGAGAGGGCGUGAUCUGCUCCUGUCCUCUGGGGAUGGAGCUCGGGGCGGACAAUAAGACGUGUCAGAUCCAGAGCUUCUGUGCCAAACACCUGAAGUGCAGUCAGCGCUGUGAGCAGGACAAGCUCAUGGUCAAGUGCUCGUGCUACGAUGGCUGGGAGCUCGAGGCCGACAAGGAGAACUGCAAGAGCACAGACCCCUUCAAACCGUUCAUCAUUUUCUCAAACCGACACGAGAUCCGCAGAAUCGACCUGAACAAAGGAGAGUUCAGUGUCCUGGUGCCCGGCCUCAGGAACACCAUCGCUCUGGACUUCCACCUCAGCCAGAGCGCCCUCUACUGGACCGACGUCGUGGAGGACAAGAUCUACCGCGGCAAGCUGUCCGAGAACGGAGCUCUGACCAGUUUCGACGUGGUGAUUCAGUACGGUCUGGCCACGCCCGAGGGUCUGGCAGUGGACUGGAUCGCCGGGAACAUUUACUGGGUGGAGAGUAACUUGGACCAGAUCGAAGUGGCCAAACUGGACGGCACCAUGAGGACCACUCUGCUCGCCGGGGAAGUGGAGCACCCGAGGGCCAUCGCACUGGACCCACGGGACGGAAUCCUGUUCUGGACGGACUGGGACGCGAGCAUGCCCAGGAUCGAGGCUGCGUCCAUGAGCGGACAGGGACGCAAAACCAUCCACAAAGAAACAGGAAAUGGAGGCUGGCCCAACGGACUGACUGUGGACUACCUGGAGCGCCGCAUACUCUGGAUCGACGCCAGAUCUGAUGCCAUCUACUCUGCGAAGUACGAUGGCUCCGGCCUGAUCGAGGUGCUCAGGGGGCAUGAGUACCUGUCUCACCCAUUCGCGGUGACCAUGUACGGGGGAGAGGUGUACUGGACCGACUGGAGGACCAACACUCUGGCCAAAGCAAACAAAUGGACCGGCAGCAACGUGACUGUGGUGCAGAGGACCAAUACACAACCAUUCGACCUGCAGGUGUACCAUCCCUCCAGACAGCCCCAGGCUCCCAAUCCGUGUGCUGCCAAAGACGGAAAGGAUCCAUGUUCUCAUCUGUGUCUCAUCAACUACAACCAGACCUUCUCCUGCUCCUGUCCUCACCUCAUGAAGCUCGGCCCGGACAAACGCACCUGCUACGAAUCGCGUCAGUUCCUGCUUUACGCUCGUCAGAUCGAGAUCCGUGGAGUGGACAUAGAUAACCCGUAUUACAACUACAUCAUCUCCUUCACCGUCCCCGACAUCGAUAACGUGACCGUGGUGGACUAUGACGCUCAGGAGCACCGCAUCUACUGGUCCGACGUCAGGACUCAAACCAUCAAGAGGGCCUUCAUCAACGGCACCGGGGUCGAGACUGUCGUGUCUGCCGACCUGCCCAACGCUCACGGUCUGGCUGUGGACUGGGUCUCGAGGAACCUGUUCUGGACGAGCUAUGACUCAAACAAGAAGCAGAUCAACGUCGCUCGUCUGGACGGCUCCUUUAAGAACGCCGUGAUCCAAGGCCUGGACAAACCGCACUGCCUCGUCCUGCACCCAAUACUGGGUAAACUGUACUGGACCGAUGGAGACAACAUCAGCAUUGCCAACACAGACGGAAGCAACCAGAGCAUCCUCUUCACCAACCAGAAAGGACCAGUGGGACUGUCCAUUGACUUUGACAUGGAGCAGCUGUAUUGGAUCAGCUCCGGGAAUAGCACCAUCAACCGCUGUAAUUUGGACGGCUCUGGACUGGAAGUGAUCGAAGCAGUGAAGGGGAAACUGGUCAAAGCUACUGCACUGGCCAUUAUGGGAGAUAAGUUGUGGUGGGCCGACCAGGGCACGGACCAGAUCGGGACAUGUGACAAAAAAGAUGGAGGAAACUGGAAAGUCUUGAGGAACAGCACCUCUCCCAUGAUGCACAUGAAGAUCUACAAUGAGACUGUUCAGAAAGGCACUAAUCUGUGCAGUAGUAACAAUGGAGACUGCUCCCAGCUGUGCCUCCCCACGUCUCCCACCACCAGAGCCUGUAUGUGCACCGCCGGGUACAGCCUGCGGCGAGGCCAGCAGUCCUGUGAGGGUGUGGGCUCGUUCCUGCUGUACUCUGUUCAUGAGGGCAUCCGGGGCAUCCCUCUGGACCCUGCAGAUAAGUCUGACGCCCUGGUGCCAGUGUCGGGCACCUCUCUGGCUGUGGGCAUAGAUUUCCACGCUGACAAUGACACGAUUUACUGGGUGGACAUGGGCCUGAGCACCAUCAGCAGAGCCAAACGGGACCAGACGUGGAGAGAGGACGUGGUGACCAACGGUAUCGGGCGCGUGGAGGGCAUCGCUGUCGACUGGAUCGCAGGAAACAUUUACUGGACGGACCAGGGCUUUGACGUGAUCGAAGUGGCUCGACUGAACGGCUCCUUCAGAUACGUGGUGAUCUCACAGGGUCUGGACAAACCCCGGGCCAUCACCGUGCACCCCGAGAGAGGGUACCUGUUCUGGACGGAGUGGGGACAGUACCCGAGGAUCGAGCGCUCUCGUCUGGACGGUUCUCAGAGGGCGGUCCUGGUCAACGUCAGUAUCAGCUGGCCCAACGGCAUCUCCAUCGACUAUGAGGACGGGCUGCUGUACUGGUGUGACGCUCGCACAGAUAAGAUCGAGCGCAUAAACCUGGAGACAGGAGAAAACAGAGAGGUGGUCCUGUCCAACAACAACAUGGACAUGUUCUCUGUGUCUGUGUUUGAGGGAUACAUCUACUGGAGCGACAGGACUCACGCCAACGGUUCGAUAAAACGCGGCAGCAAAGACAACGCCACCGACUCUGUGUCUCUGAGGACAGGCAUCGGAGUUCAGCUCAAGGACAUCAAAGUUUUCAACAAGGCCAGACAGCAGGGAACAAAUGUGUGUAAAAUCAACAACGGCGGGUGUCACCAGUUGUGUCUUUACCGCGGCAACGGGGCUCGGACCUGCGCCUGCGCUCACGGUAUGCUGGCGGAAGACGGACAGAGCUGCAGCGACUACGACGGCUACCUGCUCUACUCCGAACGCACCAUCCUGAAGAGCGUGCACCUGUCCGACGAAAACAACCUCAACGCCCCCAUCAAGCCCUUCGAAGACCCCGACCACAUGAAAAACGUCAUCGCGCUCACCUUCGACUACAGGGGAGGAGGGGGGAAAGGCGCCAACCGCAUCUUCUUCAGCGAUAUUCACUUUGGGAACAUACAGCAGAUCAGUGAUGACGGGUCGGACCGCAAGACCGUGGUGGAGAAUGUGGGCUCGGUGGAGGGGCUGGCGUACCAUCGGGGUUUGGACAUGUUGUACUGGACGAGCUACACCACCUCCACCAUCACGCGGCACACGGUGGAGCAGGGCCGCUGGGGGGCAGUGGACCGACAGACUGUGGUCAGCAUGUCCGGAGAUGACCACCCCAGAGCCUUUGUGCUGGACGAGUGCCAGGGGCUGAUGUUCUGGACGAACUGGAACGAGCAGUACCCCAGUAUCAUGAGAGCCACUCUGAACGGAGGAAACGUCAUCAUCAUCAUCGGCUCUGACGUGCGCACACCCAAUGGUCUCGCCAUCGACCACCGAGCCGAGAAACUGUACUUCUCCGACGCCACGUUGGACAAGAUCGAACGUUGCGAGUACGACGGCAGCAGGCGUUAUGUGGUGCUGAAGAACGAGCCGGUGCACCCGUUCGGCCUGGCGGUGUAUGGGGACUACCUCUUCUGGACAGACUGGGUGCGCAGGGCGGUGCUGAGGGCGGAUAAGUACACAGGAGGAGAGAUGAAGGUGCUGAGAGCUGACAUCCCGCAGCAGCCAAUGGGAAUCAUCGCUGUCGCCAAUGACACCAACAGCUGUGAGUUCUCCCAGUGUCGGGUGAAUAAUGGCGGCUGUCAGGACCUGUGUCUGCUGACCUCUGAUGGACGGGUCAACUGCAGUUGCCGUGGAGACAGGAAGCUCCUAGAGGACAACACCUGCAUCGCCCUGAACACGACCUGCAACAGCAUAGACGAGUUUGAGUGUGGAAACGGAGACUGUAUCGAGUACGUCCGGACCUGUGAUGGCACUCCUCACUGCAAAGACAAGUCUGACGAGAAGCAGUCCUACUGUGCUAACCGUGUGUGUAAGAAAGGAUACAGACGCUGUGUGAACGGACGCUGUGUGGGACACGGCUCCUGGUGCAACGGUCAGAACGACUGUGGAGACAAUUCAGAUGAGCUUUUUUGCAACGCCACUCUGUGCACGGCCGAUCAGUUCCAGUGCCGAGACGGAAGCUGCAUCUCCAACUCCAGUAAAUGUAACCAGAAAGUGGACUGCGACGACGCCAGUGACGAGAUGAACUGCACUGCCACAGACUGCUACAAUUACUUCCACCUGGGCGUGAAGGGCGUGACCUUUCAGAAGUGUGAGUUCACCACGCUCUGCUACGCCCCCUCCUGGCAGUGUGACGGCGCCAACGACUGUGGAGACUUUUCUGACGAACGCAACUGUCCAGGGAGCGAGAAGAUAAAGUGCCAGGCUCCGUUCUUUGCGUGUCCCAGCGGCCGAUGCAUCCCCAUGAGCUGGACCUGCGAUAAGGAGCACGACUGUGAGGACGGGGCGGACGAGGCGCACUGUGAUAAAUUCUGCACGGGCUCUCAGUUCGAGUGUGGGAACCAGCGCUGUAUCCCCAACCGCUGGGUCUGUGACGGAGCUGACGACUGUGGAGACGCCAGCGACGAGGGCAGCCAGUGCAAAACAAAGACGUGCAGUCCGGAGAUGUUCCACUGCCCGUCAUCUCACGUGUGCAUCCCCCAGAGGUGGAAGUGUGACGGGGACAAAGACUGUCCGGACGGAGCCGAUGAAAGCGUCAAGGCUGGAUGUGUUUUCAACAACACGUGUGACAGUAAUGAGUUCAUGUGUCAGAAUCAGCAGUGCAUCCCCAAACACUUCGUCUGUGAUCACGACACAGACUGCAGCGACGGCUCUGACGAGUCUCCGGAGUGUGAGUACCCGACGUGUGGACCAAAUGAGUUCCAGUGCGCAAAUGGCCGCUGUCUGAUCCAGAGCUCGUGGGAGUGUGAUGGAGACUUCGACUGUCAUGACCGCUCAGACGAGGCCCCCAAAAACCCACACUGCACCGGGACAGAAAAGAAAUGCAACGGCACAGCCUUCUCCUGCACCAAUGGAAACUGUGUGAAUGAGACGUUACUGUGUGAUCAUAAAGACGACUGUGGAGACGGAUCAGACGAACUCAACUGUUUCAUUAACGAGUGUCUGAACAGCAAACUCAGCGGCUGCUCCCAGCUCUGCCAGGACCUCAAGAUCGGCUUCAAGUGCCGUUGUCACCCUGGCUUCAGACUGAAGGAUGAUGGGAAAACGUGCGUGGACAUAGAUGAGUGCAGCACCUCGUACCCGUGCACCCAACGCUGCAUCAACACCCACGGGAGCUUCCACUGCCUCUGUGUAGACGGCUUUGUACUGAGCCCCAACAACCCCACCAUCUGCAAGUCCACGUCAGAUGAAGAGCCUUUCCUAAUCUUUGCCAACCGGUACUACUUAAGGAAGCUUAACUUGGACGGCUCGAACUACACACUCAUCAAACAGGGCCUGAACAACGCCGUGGCCCUGGACUUUGACUACAGGCAGCAGAUGAUCUACUGGACCGACGUGACCACUCAGGGCAGCAUGAUCCGACGGAUGUACAUGAACGGCAGCGACGUGCAGGUUCUACACCGGACCUCCCUGAGUAACCCCGAUGGGCUGGCCGUGGACUGGGUUGGGGGAAACCUGUACUGGUGCGACAAAGGCAGAGACACCAUCGAAGUGUCCAAACUGAACGGAGCCUACAGGACUGUGCUGGUCAACUCUGGACUGAGGGAGCCGCGGGCCAUCGCUGUGGACGUCAGAUAUGGGUACCUGUACUGGUCAGACUGGGGGGACAGUCCUCACAUCGGCAGGAUUGGGAUGGACGGGAGUAACAGGAGCGUCAUCAUAGAGGAUAAGAUCACAUGGCCCAACGGUCUCACUCUGGACUUUAUCAAUGACCGGAUUUACUGGGCAGAUGCCAGAGAGGACUACAUUGCCUUCGCCAGCCUGGACGGCACCAACAGACACAUAGUUCUGGCUCAGGACAUCCCUCACAUCUUUGCCAUGACCCUGUUCGAGGAGUUCAUCUACUGGACUGACUGGGAGACCAAGUCCAUCAGCAGAGCCCACAAAACCCAAGGCACCAACAAAACCAUGCUGAUCAGUACUCUACACAGACCCAUGGACAUCCACAUCUACCACGCCACCAGACAGCCAGAAGUGGAGGGACACCCGUGUCAGAUCAACAAUGGCGGCUGCAGUAACCUGUGCCUCCUCUCUCCUGGAGGGGGCUACAAAUGUGCCUGUCCCACCAACUUCUACCUGGCAGCAGACAACAGGCAGUGUCUGUCCAACUGCACAGCCAGCCAGUUUGUUUGUAAAAAUGACAAGUGCAUCCCGUUCUGGUGGAAAUGUGACACAGAGGACGACUGUGGAGACCGAUCAGAUGAACCUGCAGACUGCCCUGAGUUUAAGUGCAGGCCGGGGCAGUUCCAGUGUGGGACGGGCAUCUGCACAAACCCUGCUUAUAUCUGUGAUGGAGACAAUGACUGUCAGGACAACUCUGAUGAAGCCAACUGCGAUAUCCAUGUGUGCCUGCCCAGUCAGUUCAAAUGCACCCACCCGAGCCGCUGUAUCCCCGGAAUCUUCCGCUGUAACGGACAAGACAACUGUGGGGACGGAGAGGACGAGAGGGACUGUCCGGAGGUGACGUGUGCUCCAAAUCAGUUCCAGUGUUCCAUCACCAAACGCUGCAUCCCCCGAGUCUGGGUCUGUGACCGUGACAACGACUGUGUGGACGGGUCUGACGAGCCCGCCAACUGCACCCAGAUGACUUGUGGAGUGGAUGAGUUCCGCUGUAAAGACUCAGGACGCUGUAUCCCUGCUCGAUGGAAGUGUGACGGAGAAGACGACUGUGGAGACGCCUCAGACGAACCCAAAGAGGAGUGCGAUGAGAGGACGUGUGAGCCGUACCAGUUCCGCUGUAAGAAUAACCGCUGUGUGCCCGGGCGCUGGCAGUGUGACUAUGACAACGACUGUGGAGACAACUCGGAUGAAGACAAGUGUGUGCCUCGCCAGUGUUCGGAAAGCGAGUUUGCCUGCACCAAUGGACGCUGUAUCGCCGGCCGCUGGAAAUGCGAUGGAGAUCACGACUGCUCAGACGGAUCAGACGAAAACGGUUGUGAUCUGAAGUGUGACAGUGAUCAGUUCCAGUGUAAGAGUGGACACUGUAUUCCCGUUCGCUGGAGAUGUGACGCUGAUCCGGACUGUCUGGACGGGAGCGACGAGCAGCAGUGUGACAGCGGAGUGGAUCGACACUGCCCCCAGGAUGAGUUCCAGUGCAACAACACCCUGUGCAAACCUCUGGGCUGGAGGUGUGACGGAGAGGACGACUGUGGAGACAACUCUGACGAGGACCCAGAGCAGUGUGUGAGGUUCCAGUGCCCGCCCACACGUCAGUUCCGUUGUCAUAAUGACCGUGUGUGUCUGCCUGUGUCCAAACGCUGUGAUGGAGUCAACAACUGUGGAGACAACAGCGACGAACUCAACUGCUUGCCUCCCUCUCCUCCCGUCUGCCAUAAGGAUGAGUUCCAGUGCUCGACUGGCCGCUGCAUCAGCGUGAACCUGCGCUGUAACUAUUUCAACGACUGUGAGGACUACGGCUCAGACGAACUCAACUGUAACAAGAAAGACGGCACACUGAAUGACUGCCACAGUAACAGCUCAGUGUGUGGAGAUGGAGACGAGGCUCACUGUGUGAUAAACGGCACUGACUCCUUCUGCUCCUGUAAACCUGGUUUCAAAUCCAUCGGACACAACCGCUGCCAAGAUAAGAACGAGUGCAGUGAGUUUGGCGUCUGCUCUCACAUCUGUAACAACACCAAAGGCUCUCACAAGUGCAGCUGCCACAAGUUCUUCAGCAGGAUCAACGGCACGUGCAAGGCUGACUCUCAGCGCCAGGUCUUAUACAUCGCCGACGACAACGAGAUCCGGAGCCUGGACCCCGGGGUGCCGAGCUGGAGGUAUGAGCAGAUCUUUCAGGGAGACGCCAACGUUCGGAUCAAUGCCAUGGACGUGCACAUCAAAACCAACAAAGUGUACUGGACCAACUGGCACACCGGGCGCAUCUCCUCCUAUGACCUGCCCACCAACCCCUCCUCUCCAAACAGCAACCGCAACCGACGCCAGGCAGAGUCCAGGGUCGCACAUCUAGAGAUCCCGGACCUGAAGAUGCCCCGUGGUAUCGCUGUGGACUGGGUGGCUGCGAACCUGUACUGGACCGACUCCGGGCGCGACGUGAUCGAAGUGGCUCAGCUGAGCGGAGGACGCCACCGCAAAACCCUCAUCUCUGGAAUGAUCGAUGAACCCUACGCCAUCGUGGUCGACCCACACAGAGGGAAAAUGUACUGGGCCGAUUGGGGAAACCAUCCUAAGAUUGAGACAGCAGCGAUGGACGGCACCAUGAGAGAGACUCUGGUGGAGAAAAACAUCCAGUGGCCAACAGGUUUGGCGGUGGAUUACUUUAACGAGCGUCUGUACUGGGCAGACGCCAAACUGUCAGUGAUCGGGAGCAUUCGACUCAACGGCAGUGACCCUGUGGUCGCCGUCAGCAGCAUCAAGAACAAAAUCCACCAGCCGUUCAGCAUCGACGUGUUUGAGGAUUACAUCUACGGCGUCACCUACAUCAAUAACUACGUGUUCAGAGUGAAUAAAUUUGGCAAAGGCCCCGUGGAGAAUCUGACGACUGGAAUGAACCACGCCACAGACCUGGUCCUGUACCACCGAUACAAACAACCAGAAAUGACAAAUCCAUGUGACAGGAAGAAGUGUGAGUGGCUGUGUCUGCUGAGCCCCAGUGGCCCUGUUUGCACCUGCCCCAAUGGAAAGACUCUGGACAAUGGCACUUGUGUGGAGCUGCCCACACCCACACUCUCACCCAUCUCGCCCCCUAGUGGCCCGUGCCUGGUGCAGUGUCAGAAUGGAGGCAGUUGUUUCCUGAACGCUCAUAAACAGCCCAAGUGUCGCUGUCAGCCCAACUACGGAGGAGAGCGCUGUGAACUGGACCAGUGCAGAGAUUACUGCAGGAACGGAGGCACCUGCACACCGUCCCCUACAGGCUCCCCCACGUGUCGCUGCCUCACCGGGUUCACAGGCCCGACCUGUAACCUGCGCACCUGCAGCGGUUACUGUAAAAACGGAGGGACAUGUUCUGUUACUGCGGGCAACCAACCCACCUGCCACUGCCCCCCAGAGCACCUCGGGGACCAGUGCCAGUACAGCAGCUGUGAGGGCCACUGUCAGAACAGGGGCACGUGUCUGCAGAGCGCAGACGGCUCCAAGAGGUGUCGCUGUCUCCCUCAGUACACAGGAGGACAGUGUGAAGUAGACAAGUGUCACUACUGCAGAGAUGGACGCUGUAUCCCCAACAACGGCUUUGGGUCUAUCCCUGAGUUCACCUGCAUCUGCUCUAAUGGCCGAGUCCAGCCGAGCUGUUACACAUGUGAGAGCAACGAAUACUGCGCCAACGGACAGUGCUCCAUAAACCCCGUCACACACCUCCCAGAGUGCAGAUGUUCGGCGGGCUGGACAGGACACAGGUGUGCAGUACUGGCCCCAAGUCAUGACCAGGGAACAGGCGGACGCACAGCGUCCAUAGUGAUCCCGGUGGUGCUGCUUCUGCUGCUGCUCCUGCUCGCUGUGGGGGCCCUGCUCUGGUACAGACACAGAAUGAGAGGGGCCAAGGGCUUCCAGCACCAGAGGAUGACCAACGGAGCCAUGAACGUGGAGAUCGGAAACCCCGCCUACAAGAUCUACGAGGGCGAGCCGGACGACGACGCAGGAGAGCUACUGGACGCAGACUUCACCCUCGACCCAGACAAGCCGACAAACUUCACAAACCCGGUGUACGCCACUCUCUACAUGGGAGCCCACAACAGCAGGAACUCUUUGGCGAGCACCGACGAGAAGAAGGAGCUCCUGUCCCGCGGAGACGAAGAGCCGCUCAUGGACCCCCUAUCCUAAAGACUGCCCCCUCCCAUCUCUUUCAAUGCCUUUAGACCAAUACAACCACAUCCAAUCAAGUGUGAACACUGUAAAAAUGUACAAAAUGAAGGACUACUUUUGUAUGUGAUUGCAGUAUUAUAUUUUGUUCUUUUGAGAUCUUUUCCUCUGGUCAAAAACGAAUAACAUUUUCUAUGAGAGAGAUUUUUAAUUUUCACUUCUCCCUUUCACCCUUUACCUAAAUAGCCACUACCUCUGUGCACACGAGGAGAGAGAAAUCAGAAACGAUGUGCAGUCAUGGGAGCGACCGUUACACAAUUUUUAUUUUUGUAUGAAUUGUAUAGAAGAAAAACAGACAUUGUUCCAUCUCACCAGUGCCAAGUCUUGUGUGUUGUCUGAAUUUAAGCAGGAAAAGUCAAAAGGUUGGUACGUGUUUCUUUCUUUUCGAAUUUUGUGGGAUAGAUUUGCUAAUAUAAGAUGUAAAUUGUCAAUACCGGAUAAAACAUUCAGGGCUGGGUGAUGUGUUUUUUUUUUUUUGUCCAAUUUUUAAGUUUUACUUCUUACAAAUACACAAAAUACUAUAUUUUCCAUCUGUAACUACCGUAAGACCCAGGGAAUAUAAGGUUGUAUAUUUAAGACUAUUUUUACACUUCAGACAAAGGUACAGAGAAGCAGUGUGUACUAGCAUUUGAAUUGAAUAAGGUACUUUUUCACAUCUUAAUCGGUACUUUUUACUUACAUUUUCGUUACUAUGCGUAUUUGGUCCGUGUACCAUUUGUUCAUUUGAAUUUCAACAAAACAAACAAAAAAUAAAAUAGGAAAACAGUUUGCGGCAGAGGCUCAGUUGGUCGAGCGUUCGUCCACUGAUCUGAAGGUUGGCGGUUUGAAUCUCGACAUAAACAUGGGUUGUGCGGUCAGAUCCACUGACCCACAGGUUGACUGGUGUGGUUCCAGCUCCCACAGAUGAAUGCUGUCAUUGGGUCCUUGGGCAAGACACUUAACCCACCUUGCUCCCAGUGUCUGUGUACACUGGUGUGUGAACAGGUGAGUGGUUUCUUGUUGUAAAGCACUUUGAGAGCCUUGUAGGUGGAGAAGCGCUAUAGAAAAAUGUGACCAUUAACCAUUCCACUUUAGUGUCAAACAAAAAAACUGAUUUCAACCUCUAUUUCCAGUAUUUAAUUUA